GUAUGUUGUACUCUGCUGAGGGCGCUUGAUUCAUGCUGCUUUUCCGAUAAUGGCACUUUCUGUAGUAAAGGGAAAGUUAGAAAGAGUACUUGAUAAAAAUCCACAAGAUCUUGUUCGCGGAAUUAGGAAGCACGGUGUGGAUGAGGCCAAAUAUAUAGGUCAAUGUCUAGAUGAAAUUAAAAAUGAGUUGAAAGACAGUUCAUUUUCAGUCAAGGCCAAUGCUAUUAGCAAAUUAUUAUACGUGAGUUGAUAAGAUUCCCGUUUAAAAUUGCCUAGAUUCAAAUGCUGGGUUAUGAUACCAGUUGGGCUGUGUUCAAUAUCGUUGAGGUUAUGAGUUCUCAGAAAUUCACCUUCAAACGUAUAGGGUAUUUAGCAGCUUCUCAGAGCUUUCAUUCUGGUACAGAUGUCCUCAUGCUUGCCACUAAUCUUAUUCGCAAGGAUUUAAUGAGCUGUAACUUGUAUGAUGCUGGAAUCGCCUUAUCGGGUGUUGCAUGUUUCAUUAAUCCGGAUCUUGCCACGGAUUUGUACUCUGACAUUCUGAGUCUGAUGAAUUCUCCAAAACCAUAUUUACGAAAGAAAGCCGUAUUAUUAUUAUACAAAGUUUUCCUUAAUUAUCCUGAAGCACUUCGUAUUUGUUUCCCACAGUUGAAAGACAAGCUGGACGAUCCAGACCCAGGUGUACAAUCAGCGGCUGUUAAUGUAAUAUGUGAGUUGGCACGUAAAAAUCCAAAGAAUUACCUAUCACUUUCACCCAUAUUUUUUAAACUUAUGACUACAUCAUCAAAUAAUUGGGUUCUUAUCAAAAUCAUUAAAUUGUUUGGCACAUUGACACCUUUGGAACCAAGACUAGGCAAAAAGCUAAUCGGACCGUUAACCAAUUUAAUCCAUAGUACUUCAGCAAUGUCAUUGUUAUAUGAAUGUAUAAAUACAGUUGUUGCAGUAUUAAUAUCAAUAUCUUCUGGAAUUCCUAGUCAUCAAGCUUCUAUACAGUUAUGCGUUCAAAAAUUACGCAUCCUAAUUGAAGAUUCAGAUCAAAAUUUAAAAUAUCUUGGACUAUUAGCAAUGCGUAAAAUUCUGUUAUAUCAUCCACAAAGUGUACAACCUCAUAAAGAUUUAAUAUUAGGUUGUCUGGAUGAUAAAGAUGAAUCGAUUCGACUACGUGCAUUGGAUUUACUACAUGGUAUGGUAUCAAAAACUAAUCUAAUGGAUAUUGUUAAACAUUUGAUGAUACAUAUUGGCAAUUCGUCAUCUGGUUUACAUUAUCGUAAUGAAUUAUUAAGUAAAGUUGUGUAUAUAUGUUCACAAGAUAAUUAUCGUAAUGUUACAUCAUUUGAAUGGUAUGUUACUGUUCUUGUGGAAUUAGCUAGCAUUGAUGGUAUUCGAAAUGGUGAAUUAUUAGCUGCUCAACUUAUGGAUGUUUCCAUCCGCGUACCGACUGUUCGAACUUUCUGUGUUGAACAAAUGGCUAUAUUACUGGAUAUUAGUCAGUCGUUAACAAGCGGAGGUAAACAAAAUGCUAUUCAAGAAACACUUCGUGCAGCAGCAUGGAUAUGUGGCGAAUAUGCGGAUAGUCUAAACAAUCCAGAACAAACAUUGAAUUCACUUGUUUCAAUUGCCCUUGAACUACCCGGUCUAUCUAGUUCAAUUCAAGCCGUUCUUAUAUUUAAUGCUUUUAAAAUAUACAGUGUUGUCAUUAAAAGCAUGACUUGUAAAGCUAUUCAAAGCUUACCUUCGACGUUUACAAAUAAAAAGUAUCAAGAAAACGGUGAACAUUUAAUUGAUAUGAGUGACAACGAACAUCAUAAUAAUACUGAAACUGUAGAUGAUCAAGUUACAAGUUUAAAGACUCUACAAAAUUUAAUUAUUCAUCUGAUAGAGUUGACAAAUUUUCUUAUGGAUAAAUUUAUCCAGUAUGUUCAUUCAUCUGAUUUAGAAGUUCAAGAACGUGCUGUAUCGAUUCACCAAGUAUUGAGUUUAGUGUCGAAGCGUUUUACAAAAAUUCAAUCCUUUUUAUCCAGUUCAUCAACUUUACAACAAAAUAAUAAUCCGUCAACAUUAAUUUUGGACAGUGAUUUUUCUUCACCUUCACUAUCCAAUCAUCAAUCAUUGGACAAUUUACCUGAUCAGUUUCAUAAUUCUCAACUCACCAGUUCUUCUAUUAAUAUUACUAAUAUCAAUAACAAUACAGGUGACAACAGGGUCGACACACAACCUCAUUCACGAAGUAAUUCAAUUCAAAUUGAUACUAUGCCUUCAAUUACCUCCAUAGUAUCACCAACUGUGAUUCUCAAUUUAAUUCAAUCAAUUAUAAAUGAACUAAGUGCUUUGUUCACCGGUGAAAUCAUCCCUGUAGCACCAAAAGCUCAGAAAAAAGUUCCUAUUCCCGAAGGGUUAGAUUUAGACGCUUGGAUUAAUCCACCAGUACCAGUUCGUAAACAACCGUGGACGAAUGCACUAGAUUUUAUUGGGAAAUCUAUAAAUGACACUGAUGAUCAUCGUUCUAUUCAUUGGAACAAUGAAUCGGUCAAUAAUGAAUGUGAUAUAUUCUUCGGUUUACAAGAUAGUAAAUCUCAAACUGUUCAACUAACAGCUGAACAGUUGGAGGAGAUGCGUUCAAAACGGUUGCAAAAUCAACAAAACAAUCCUAAUUACUUAAAACCGGUAAAUCCUAAAAAGAAUAAUUUAGAGAACUCCUUAAAUGAACAACAAAAUGAUGUUAACUUAAUCAAAAAUGGUGUUGAACAGUUAAGUCUAAAUGUAACUGAUUCUAACAAACAAUAUUGUCAAACACAAAGUAGUGCGCGUAAAUUGGCUACAUCCGAUCAGUUCGCUGCUGAAAUGCGUAAAAAGUUUCAAACUGCUGCGUCUGAUGUAGAACGAAAAUUAAGAUCAACAACGAAGAGCAAUCAUUCGAAAAACAUCCAUAAGAAAAAACAUCUGAUCAUAUCACCACCACCAUCUUCAUCGUCAUUAUCUUCAUUAACAAUUAAUAAUAAUUCUAAAUCGACUAAUCAGGUUGAAAAUACUCAGGAAGAAAAUAAAAUAGAUUAUAUUAUAAAAGACAAAUUUACUUCACACGUUGUUCGUUGUGAUUAUGAUAUGCCCGAGGGAGUGUCCAUAGAUAAUGAAUCGCCAAGUGAUACUGAAAACGCUAAUGAUCCACAUCAUCGACUAAAUAUUGUAUUGGAUAAUAUUAUUACACAAGAUAACAAUAAAUUGCCACAUUCUAUUCCAUCUCAACAUAGUAAACAUUCGACAAUUCACAAGACUUCACCAAAGAAGUCUUCAAAAUUAUCGUCUAAACACCAUAAAAUGAAUAAAGAAAUGGUGAAUAAUAAUCAUCAACUAGUCAAUGAAUCAAGAUCUUCCGAAAAUAUUAAUUAUGAGAAUUUAUUGAAUAACAAUGAUAAUAAUACAACUUAUCAUCGAUCAGGCUAUGAAGCAUUCGACUCAGAUAUAAAACAAACUGAAAUAUUAUCAUCAAAAAAGGUCCGUUUGAAAUCAUCAUUAAAUUCUCAUCAUCAUCAUGAUGAUAAUGAUAAUAAUAGUAAAAACAAACAAUCCCCUAAUAAUUCACCAAUACCAUCCGUUCCAUAUGGUAAUAAAUCCAUUAUUAGUAGUAACAAUGAUAAUAUAUCUAUACCUGAAACUAAGUUCUGUAUAUCAUCAUCAGUAAUAAAUACUGACAUAUUCACUUCCCUUUUGUCAACCGGUGAAUUGAAUUCAUUUCAAUCAGCAAAAAUUUGUUGUCCUAGUUUAUUGUCAAUUAUUCGUCAAUCAGAAAAGUCUAAUUCUUUAAUAAUGCAUACAAAUAAAAUUUUUGCACAAAUAAUAUCUGUACUUGAAAAGAAGAUACCAUGUUUAGUGAUUGAGUCUUUGGAUAAUCGUGCCGCUUCACUCUACACAGAAUACAUUCCACUCAGAGAACCGUUAUGCAUCUUGAUGAAAAUAUCCGUAAGUUUUCAGUUAGCGUGCAGCUUUUUUCUCAUCUUAUCGAUAACUACUGGCGAUUAGAAUGUUUUUCCAGAUCUAUACUUCAUACUCCAAUAAAAAUCACAUUCUUAUGUACAGGACUCACAAAAAGUCUCAUGUUUAGGUUUAAGAUUAGGAGAUAGUUUAGGGCUAAAAGUAAUGGUUAAAAAUGGGAUGAAAAUAUUCAUAUAGAUGAAUACUGAUACAGUUCUUUGGUUUUAAAUAUUAAAAACCUUUAAAGCUUCGAAGUAAUGGUCACUUCCCUGGUCUCUAUAUCUCAAGUUUAAGUGUCUCAGUGACCAAACAUUGGUAGGUUUUACUAAAUUCUUGCAUAAGUCUGAAGAAAUUACUAGUUAUCUGUCGUUUUUGAAUUUGGCGCAAAACCACCGAGUCUGUCCGGAAUCGAUUGAUUCAUCAUUUAAUUAUAUAAUAGAAGCACACUAUAUAGAGUCUUAAAAUUAAUAAAAAGGUCAAUCAGAAUGAACUUAGUGAUUGUUUAAUUGAUGAGCAAUUUUCAGAAUACACUUACGGAUAGUCUACUGCUAGAAACCCUACUUUUGAUUAGAUUUCGUAUUUUGGUCCAUUUAGAUAGUUGUUGAUCACUUACAGGACCUCGGACUCUUGAAAGGUAGCAUCUCACGUAACUAUAGCCAGCUAAAGAUAUCCAAUGAAUGUGUGGAGUUCAGAGACGAGAUUUUUGUACGACCCGCUAUAUUAUUGAGCAAAGAAGUCUGUUAGAGACGGCGCUUCUUGGUAAAAUCAUAUUAAAAUUUUACGUUUCAUGUAACUUCUGGAAUCGUUUCAGGCUGUCAGCAUAGUUUGUCUCUGCCAAAUUUACUUUUAACUAUUCAGCAAAUAAGUUACUUCGCUGAGAUUUUUGGCUUAAAAAUAUAGAUACGUAUAUUUAUAACUCUCAUCAGUCUAACGUAUUAAUUCCUGUUAUGUCUCUCACUGCAUAGUUUACUACCGGAACAAUACGAAUCGAUAUUCGAUCUACCAAGGAGGAUGCGGUACAUUCAUGUAUUGCACAAUUAACAAAUCUAGUCAAACAGAUCAAAUUCGACCUAUGACAUAAUGUAUUUAUAUCACUAUAUAUGUAAUAGUGUAUCAUUCGUUUCUUCUUCUUUCUCUUCUAUUGGUUUUUCUUAAACUUAUCCUACAAUCUGUUUUUCGAUUGUUAAUAUUCCUCUGUUGUGAUUUGAGUUUUUUUUUAAUUUCACGACUACUCUGUGUUGAUGUUGUUUGUCUUAUUUUGAUAUACAAUAUUACUUGUGAUGAUGAUAAAUUAUUACACGAACAUAUAUGUAUCGUUAUUCCUAUUUUGAUUGUCUUUUUAUAUACAUAUAUAUUUAUGAUUUGCCUAUCAACGAUUCCUAGCUAACUGUGAUCUAAUGCGUUUACCAUGUAUUUUUGAUUGUAUUCAUGUAGUUUUGUUGUUUCGAUUAUCCUAUAUAUACAUACGUAUGGUGUCUUUCAGAUAUUAAAAUGUGUAUAUUUUAUUGCGUCUUUGAUAUUUGAACCAAUAUAAGGGUGAUUUUUUUGUUCACACGUAUAUUAUUAUUAAUAUUGUCGCUAUUCAUGAUUUCCAUUGGUUUGUCUUGUUUUCUCUUAAGGUAAUUUUUCUAGUCUUCUUUGAUUGAUACUCAUCAAUAUGAAAGUUGCGGUACUCUCUUUUCUAUCUCUCCCCCUCUUCGUUGUCUGUAUUCUUUUAUUUUACCGUUUCGCAUACAAAUUCCCUUUUCAUUUCUUUUAUUUAUUCCUAUUGAUGAUUUGUCUAGAGUUUAUUUUCUGUGUUUACAUUUCUCUUCGGGUAACUAGUGUGUGUGUGUGUGUGUGUGUAUAGAAUAACACUUUAUCUUAGUACGUUACAGUUAUCUGGAUGAAAUAAUUCAACUGUGUGUAGAAUGUUUAAUUUUUUUUUUAAAGAAGAAUUAGAAACUAUUAAGCAUCUGAUUACUCCAUGUAAUAUUAAUAAGAGUUCUUUUUUAUUAAUGCAAUAUUAUAAAC